AUGACUAUCCACUAUCUCAGCCCCGAGGAUUCGGCUCUUUUCCGGCCCCUGACCAUUGCCGGUGGAAACAUUACCCUCCGCCACCGAAUCAUCCAUGCGCCUUUGACCCGUAACCGGGGAGUGCCGAAAAACCCUAUCAGUACUGCAGAGAAUCCUAAUCGUAUUUGGAUUCCUGGUGAUCUUGUGAUCAACUACUAUUCUCAACGUGCCAGUGAGGGCGGCUUGAUCAUCUCGGAGGGUAUUCCUCCUUCUCUCGAGAGCAAUGGAAUGCCGGGCGUGCCCGGUAUUUUCACUCAGGAGCAAGCCAGUGGCUGGAAGAAGGUUGUUGAGGCUGUCCACGCCAAGGGAGGUUUCAUCUAUUGUCAACUCUGGCACGCCGGCCGUGCUACGAUCCCCCAGAUGACUGGCUCCCUUGCUGUGUGCCCAUCAGCCAGUGUGUGGGACUCACCCACGGAGUGCUAUUCGCACCCGCCCGUGGGCUCCACCGAGCAGGUCCCGUACGCGAAUCACCCGCCAAUUGAACUAUCCGUGGCGCAUAUCAAGCGAACGAUCCAGGACUAUUGUGCCGCUGCAAAGACCGCUAUGGAAAUUGGCUUCGAUGGUGUGGAGAUUCACGGGGGCAAUGGCUAUCUUCCUGAGCAAUUCCUUAGCUCCAAUGUUAACAAGCGCACUGACGAAUACGGCGGUACUCCUGAGAAGCGCUGCCAGUUUGUCUUCGAGCUGAUGGAUGAAGUUGCGAAGACUAUUGGCGAGGAGAAUCUUGCUAUUCGUCUCUCACCGUUUGGUCUGUUCAAUCAGGCUCGCGGUGAGCAGCGUGUUGAGACUUGGACUUAUCUUUGCGAAGGCUUGAAGAAGGCCCACCCGAGCCUUUCAUAUGUCAGCUUCAUUGAGCCGCGUUAUGAGCAAAUCUUCAGCUAUGAGGAGAAAGAUGCUUUCCUCAAGAGCUGGGGCCUGCUCGAUGUCUCCCUAGAUAAGUUCCGGCAAAUCUUCGGCUCAACUCCCUUCUUCUCUGCUGGCGGCUGGGAUGAUAAGAACUCUUGGGGCGUGGUCGAGUCUGGAAAAUACGAUGCCCUCCUCUAUGGUCGGUACUUUAUCAGCAACCCUGACCUGGUCGACAGACUGAAGAAGGGUCUCCCCCUUGCCCCGUACGAUCGUACUCGUUUCUAUGGGCCCUUUGAGGAUAACGCCUUCCACUACACUGAUUAUCCCACUGCGGAUAAAGAAUGA